AUGAUAUCACAACUUGGAGACAAGCUCUACCUUGCAUUCAUCACCUUCUGGUCAUGGUGCUCCCAAGUCGACCACCAACAAGGCUAUCUUCUUCCCACCAUUCUCGCCAUUUCCAUUCCAACMCUACURCUUCUAUGSUACAAGCGGACGUCCGCCAGGUCCACACCUCCUUUGCCUCCAGGCCCCUAUGGCUUACCACUUCUYGGCUACCUCCCGUUUCUCAACCCCAAYUUGCAUGARACAUUCACCCAGAUGUCUCACAAAUACGGCCCCAUCUUCAGCCUCCGCCUCGGAACUAAGCUUCACGUGGUGGUCAACAACAUGGAUCUAGUAAAGGUUGUGACUCGUGAACUCGACCAAACCUUUGCGAACCGCGAUCCACAGCUCACGGCCAUAGCCAUCACUUAUGGCGGCCUCGGUGUCACAUUUUCCAACCACAAACAYUGGGUUGAUAUGCGUAGRCUUUUGGUGAGCCAAGUGUUAAGCAACACAAAUAUUGAUGCUUCUCGGGUUUUACGAACCAGGGAAGUGAGAAAAACAGURAAGGACGUUUAUGGGAGGAUAGGAACAAAGAUCGACAUCAACAAAGUUGCUUUUGACACCGAGAUGAAAGUCGUAACAAGCAUGUUAUGGGGUUCUAGCAAAGGGUCUGAUGAUUCUAGCGAUGUUGGAGAUGGGUUUCAACAAGUGACGGACAAGAUUAUGGAGUUACUGGCAGCAUUAAACAUCUCUGAUUUCAUCCCGAUGUUAAAGCGGUUUGAUCUACAGGGAAAGCAGCGAGACAUGGAGAAGCAAAGGGAACAAGUUGAUAAGGUAUUUGAUAACAUCAUCCGCGGACGAAUCAAUGCCAACUCCAAGAAAAUGGAGAAAGAUGGAAAGAAGGACUUUCUGCAGACCUUACUUGAUGAAAAGGAUGAUCCAACAUCGGCAGUUGAUAUCAAUGAAAUAAAGGCUCUACUCAUAAACAUCUUGGUUGCCGCAACAGACACAACAUCAACCAUGGUCGAGUGGGUGAUGGCAYAUAUUUUAUAUAAACCAGAGCUAUUGGCAAAGGUUCAAGGAGAACUGACAGAAGUUAUYGGUAUGAACAACAUGGUUGAAGAAUCUCAUUUGUCCAAAUUGACAUAUUUGGACGCCGUGAUCAAGGAAACAUUCAGGUUACAACCUCCAGCUCCCCUCUUCGUGCCUAGAUGCCCAAGUGAAACUUGCACAGUGGGUGGUUACACUGUUCCGAAGGGUACCAUCAUGAUCAUGAAYGCUUGGGCGAUCCACCGUGAUCCYGAGAAUUGGRAGGACCCACUGGAGUUCAUCCCCGAAAGGUUCUUGAGCGAGAAAUGGGAUUACAAAGGGAACAACUUGAAGUUUUUCCCGUUUGGAGCAGGGAGAAGGAUAUGCCCAGGAGCACUUCUGGGGGAGAAGAUGUUGAUGUAUAUCGUUGCAUCCUUCUUCCAUUCGUUCGAGUGGAGGUUGCCGGAAGAAGAGGAUUUCGACCUUUCAGAAGAGUUCGGCAUCGUGAUCAGGAAAAAGAAAGCAUUAUUUGCUAUCCCCUCUCCAAGAUUAUCGGAUGCAAGUCUCUACAUAUGAAUACGAUCGCCACAUCAAGAUCUGUGUCUAUACUUACAAUUAAUUAAUAUAAUAAAUUGGAGUUUUAUGCUUAUGGUCAGGUUGAAAGUGGGCAAUUUUAUGAGUUGUAUGCUUAUGAAACCUUUUGUUUUACAAUAUACAUGUAUAGGUGGAGGUGGAGGUUGAAUCGAGAACACCUUCCUUUUACGAGAACACAGUUUAAUAAAGUUGAAGAAAUAA